GUUUUAAUGGCAAACAGUAGACAGUUCAUAAUGGUAUCUAAUGAAAACCAUAAAAAUGUCUAUUGUUGUUUUUUUAGCAGAGAGUACUAACAUUUUUUACUGUAUUUAUCACAGGAUAAACUAACUACAUAUAGCAAAAUAUACAGAAAGGUUUCGUCAUCCCAAGGGAUCUUUGGGGAAAGUCUUGUGGGGGAUGGUGGUGGUCGUCAGUGGGCGAGUUCAUACACAAAUCACGCCGUACACAUUUCAAGUGAAAACACGACCCGUGUAACUUAGUUUAUAAUGCGGGUUUAUGUUCGUACAUUUUUCUUGUGCAUGGCUAUCGCCCUUCUCUCUUUAAUAUUUGUGUUCACUAAACACGAUGCAGAAACGUAUCCAGCCGGAUUAAAGGAAGUUAAGAUGCCCGUGGGGAACUUCAACAGAGCAAAAGCAAAACAACGACCCGCGACUGCUGCAGGGUCACACAGAGUCGGGGAUGUUAAACACAAAGUAAAUGCUACUGGACAGCACAGAGACAACGAUGCACCUUGCAGUGGUGGCCUGCGGACAGAGACGAAGAGAAGCCGUCAACAUGCUCAAGACGGCUGCGAUGCUAAGCAGCCGAGCCAUGAGAUUUCACAUCUUUGCAGAGAAUCAGUUGCAUGCUAGCAUUAAGGCAACAUUGGAUUCCUGGCCAGCUUUCAUUUCUUUGAAAUUCAGCUAUGUUGUUCAUCCCAUUUCAUUCCCGAAUGACCACCACGAAGAGUGGAGUCAGCUUUUCAAGCCGUGUGCAUCCCAGAGACUCUUCCUACCAAUGAUCCUGAGAAAUGUGGACUCUUUACUGUACGUGGACACCGAUGUCCUCUUCCUACGGCCUGUAGAGUUCAUCUGGGACACGUUGGCACGUUUUAACUCCACUCAGUUGGUAGCCAUGGCACCAGAACACGAGGAACCUCGGAUUGCCUGGUACAGUCGCUUUUCCCGUCAUCCAUAUUACGGAAAAACAGGCAUCAACUCGGGCGUAAUGCUGAUGAAUUUGACCCGGAUGCGAAUGGCACAAUUCAAGAAUGACAUGACUUCUGUUGGUCUUCAUUGGGAUGAGCUACUAAUGCCUUUACUACAGAAAUAUAAGCUUAAUAUAACCUGGGGUGACCAAGACCUCAUUAACAUCAUCUUUCAUUACAAUCCAGAGAUGCUGUUUGUUUUUCCCUGCCAUUGGAAUUACCGUCCCGACCACUGCAUCUACGGUAGCAACUGCAUCCCAGCUGAGGAGGAGGGCGUGGUCACCCUACACGGCAACAGAGGAGUGUUUCACAAUGACAAACAGCCGGCGUUCAAAGCUGUGUAUCAAGCUUUCAAACAGUACAUAUUUGGAGAGGAUCUUCUGAGGUCAUUCUUGUUACCCCUGGAGGUAGAGCUGAACGCAACCACGCACACAUACUGUGGAAAAGUUAGUUAUUUUUUUACCAGAGGACUCGGAAAGUCUGUGAGGAGGAUUCGGAGAGCAACGGCACCGGGUGGAUGAGAGCGACGCUGAGAAGUGGCUGAAUAAAAGCGGGAAUGAAUUCGCAGAAACUGGAUAAAAGCAGCACUGCUGUACCAGUCGUGUCUGUGCAGUCAGAUCUAGGAUUAAAAAUUGCCCCGGGGAGCAAUUUUGCAUUUAAAAUAGGCGUCCAAACACAGCACAGAUGUCAAGGUUAAAACAAGGCAAAAUUUGGGCUGUAAGUGAAAACUUAAUAGACACUUCCUGCAAGAUAUUUUUGCAUAAACGACCAAAUUCAAGUUUAUUUUAUCUAGAUGUGUUUUUCUCAUAGCCAGACUAUACCUGGUUUAUAGUUAACCUAAACAGUGAAAUGAUGGCUAAUGCUUGUUGGGGCAGGUUUACUGGACUAAAGACUGAAUGGUGGAAGUUUUAAUGAGU